AUGGCGGGGCAGCAGUUCCAGUACGAUGACAGCGGCAACACCUUCUUCUACUUCCUCACCAGCUUCGUGGCCCUCAUCGUCAUCCCCGCCACCUACUACCUGUGGCCUCGGGACCAGCACUCGGAGCAAAUUCGCUUAAAGAAUUUAAGAAAAGUGUAUGGAAGAUGCCUGUGGUAUCGAUUACGGUUGUUAAAGCCCCAGCAGAAUAUAAUUCCUACCAUAAAGAAAAUAGUUCUGCUUGCUGGAUGGGCACUGUUUUUGUUUCUUGCUUACAAAGUUUCCAAAACAGACAGAGAAUAUCAAGAAUACAAUCCAUAUGAAGUAUUAAAUUUAGACCCAGGAGCAACUGUGUCAGAAAUUAAAAAGCAGUACCGUUUGCUAUCGCUGAAAUACCAUCCAGAUAAAGGAGGAGAUGAAGUUAUGUUUAUGAGGAUUGCAAAGGCUUAUGCAGCUUUAACUGAUGAAGAAUCUCGAAAGAAUUGGGAAGAAUUUGGCAAUCCUGAUGGGCCACAAGCUACAAGCUUUGGGAUUGCGUUGCCAGCUUGGAUUGUGGAUCAGAAGAAUUCUAUUUUGGUCCUGCUUGUUUAUGGAUUGGCAUUUAUGGUUAUUCUUCCAGUGGUUGUAGGUUCCUGGUGGUAUCGAUCAAUACGCUACAGUGGAGACCAGAUUCUCAUCCGCACCACCCAGAUUUAUACCUAUUUUGUUUAUAAAACAAGAAACAUGGAUAUGAAAAGGCUUAUAAUGGUUUUAGCAGGUGCUUCCGAAUUUGACCCGCAGUAUAAUAAAGAUGCAACAAGCAGACCUGUAGACAACAUUCAAAUACCACAGCUAAUCAGGGAAAUUGGCAGCAUUAAUUUGAAGAAAAACGAACCUCCUCUUACCUGUCCUUACAGCCUGAAGGCCAGAGUGCUCUUACUGGCUCACCUUGCCAGAAUGAAAAUUCCUGAGACACUUGAACAAGAUCAGCAGUUUAUCUUGAAAAAGUGUCCUGCUUUGCUUCAAGAAAUGGUUAAUGUAAUCUGCCAGCUCAUCAUAAUGGCACGGAGCCGUGAAGAAAGAGAGUUUCGUGCUCCAUCACUGGGUUCUCUGGAAAACUGCAUGAAGCUUUCACAGAUGACUGUUCAAGGGCUUCAGCAGUUUAAAUCUCCACUCCUCCAACUCCCACACAUUGAAGAGGACAAUCUCAGACGGGUUUCUAAUCAUAAAAAGUACAAAAUCAAAACCAUCCAAGACUUGGUGAGUUUAAAAGCAUCGGAUCGCCACAAUUUACUGCACUUCCUUGAAGAUGAAAAAUAUGAAGAUGUUAUGGCUGUCCUUGGCAGUUUUCCACAUAUCACCAUGGAUAUAAAACCCCAGGUUUUGGAUGACGAGGACAGCAACAACAUCACAGUAGGAUCGCUCGUUACUGUUUUGGUCACCCUAACAAGACAAACAAUGGCAGAAGUAUUUGAAAAAGAGCAGUCGACCUGUUCAGCUGAAGAGCAGCCUGCGGAGGAUGGCCAAGGCGAUGCUAACAAAACGAAGAGCAAAGGAUGGCAGCAGAAGAACAAAGGGACAAAGAAGGCUUCAAAAUCAAAGAAGAAGAAAGUUGUGAAAAAGAAGCCUGCACCAGCACCUCUUCAGCAGACGAAGCAGCAGAAGCAAAAGCAAGCAAAUGGAGUAGCAGGGAGUGAAGUUGUAAAGGAAGACGAAGAUGAAGUUUCUGAUAAAGGGAGUGAAUCUGAUGAAGAUGACACUAAUAGAGACUCUUUAAGUGACAAAGAUGAUGGAAGCGACAGAGACUCCGACAGAGAACAAGACGAGAAACAAAGCAAGGAUGAUGAAGCUGAGUGGCAGGAAUUACAGCAGAGUAUACAGCGCAAGGAACGGGCUCUCUUGGAAACCAAAUCAAAAAUAACCCAUCCUGUGUACAGUCUCUACUUUCCUGAGGAAAAGCAAGAAUGGUGGUGGCUAUAUAUAGCAGAUAGGAAGGAACAAACACUAAUAUCUAUGCCAUAUCAUGUGUGUACACUAAAAGAUCGGGAAGAGGUAGAACUAAAGUUUCCUGCACCUGGCAAACCUGGAAACUACCAAUAUACGGUUUAUUUAAGAUCAGAUUCCUACAUGGGCUUGGACCAGAUUAAACCAUUGAAGCUGGAAGUUCAUGAAGCUAAACCAGUGCCAGAAAACCAUCCACAAUGGGAUACAGCAAUAGAGGGAGAUGAGGACCAGGAAGACAGUGAAGGUUUUGAAGACAGUUUUGAGGAAGAGGAGGAAGAGGAAGAGGAGGAUGACUAAAACAGUACCAUGAACUAACUUGUGUUACACGGGAUAUCUCUACAAACUUUUGACCUGGGAAGGGAUAAAACAAAAACAGUGCAGAAGUACUGAAGAUGGAUUUUUUUUUAAAGUUUCUCUUUACCAAUUAUGAGUGCUUUAUGUAACUUCCCAGUGGAGGUCUUUUGAUCAGUUGGUAUAACCUGGAAGAUGCAUAGGGCUCUUUUACAGCCUUUAAGUACAGGACGUUGCAUUUAUUUCAACUGAAAAUAAAAGCUUUUUUAUUCUAAAUGUCCAGACGUGUGGGCUAUGUUGUCUGAUCAACUUUUGGUCCAAUAUAUUAAGAGGUACUAUUAUUAAAUAGAAGCAAUCUUUAAAUCAACUUUUCACACUAGAAAGUUUAUUUUAUACGUUGAAGCCUCCUGUUGAAAAUAACACCCCCUUGAGUUUCUGUUUUGGUAAAAUCCAAAAGCAGUUUUGCAGUGAUACAUGAACAUUACUGAAGCUGAGAUUUAUAGCUUUAAACUUUCUGUUUUGUUUUGGACUUCAGAAUUGGCAUCCUACCAUUAGUUGGGGACAUUCCAUAUUGUCAUGAGGGCUGAUUUUUUGAUUUUUUUUAAAAAAGACGUAAUCUACCUUAAGCAGAGGGGAACCUUUGCCCCAUACUCUCAUGCAGGUUAUAAAUGUUUCUGAAUCUUUCAAUGGCUUAAAGCAUAUUUAAGCAACUAAUAUCAGCAAAUCAUACAGAAUUUAUUUAUUUUGAUAAAACUGUAUGUAUCAAAUGACUGGGACCAUAUGUUACUCAAUGUGGUGGCUUAAUACAUAACACCUUUUACAAAAGGUAACAAUUAUCAAAGCUGACAUUCUUGGCUUUUAAUCUACCUUAACCCUGUCAGAAGCCUUUUAGGACAGACACAUAAGGCACGCUAAGAUGGUAUGUUUUUGUAUUUAUUGAGAACAAUUCAAAAUAAACUGGACUAAAUUUGAUAAAACGGCAUUACAGCAGUGCAUUUUUCCUCUCUACUGAGGGCCGAACAGGGAUGCUAGCAUGGAGAGCCAGGCUUCAUUCUCAACAUAAAUAAUUGCUUUCAAUUUUUAAGUGUAUUUCUGGAGCGUUCUGUGAAGGAUAAGCAAAAACUUACUACGAAUUUCACUUUCUGCCCACAUGUAAAGGUAAUAACUAUUGAUGUGGUUAGAAGCUAUAGAAAUACAUCUGAAUGUCAAUCAUGUAGUAAGAUUUUUAUAACUAUAUGUUGAGGAACUGCAAGACUGAAAUACUGUAAAACAUUUGUGACAAAUGAGUUUGUCAUAACAGGAACAUUUCCAUAUAAUGGAAGCUGCCCAAAAGCCAAAUGAGCUGCUCACUAAUUUGUGACCUUGUUUAUGAAAUAGAGGAUUGUCACUUUAAAUGCAAACUUACAUUGAUAAUAUUUCUUUGUAAUUGCAAUAGUUGCAAAUAAAAUUUGAAAAAUGUC